AUGGUGUGCCAUCUUCCCCAGAGAAUAUCUCCCAGUGGCGGAAUGGAUAAAUACGAGGAAAACCUGCUGCGGCUAAAUCACAGAAUACGCGAUUUAAUUGCCCAAGUUGACCGACUGGACACCAAAAACCGGAAGCUUCACAACGAAAACACGGUACUCGUGGAGGAUGUGGCGCGCUUCCGCUCCCAGUACGCGCUGGCCGAAGAAGCUAGGCUUCAGUGCAAGUCGGUGAUCGAGAAAGAACUGGAGCGCAGUCAGCAACAGUUCGAGGCGCACCAGUUGCUCAAAAGGCGCUACAAUGAUUUGAUCAAAGAGUACGUUGCUCAAAAUCACAAACUAAAGGCUUCGGAAGCUAACGCUACCGUGAGACAUAGCCGCAUCAAAAGGAACCGGGUUCCGGUUGAGAUCAUAGGAAAGAUUUCGGACAUUGGAAAACCCACGGCCUUUGAAGAGCGGAUGACCACCCUGGAGAAUCGCUGCAGUGCCCUGGAGAAGGAGCUGGCCAAGGCGUACACCAUAAUCGAUGAUUUGGAGUUUGAACUGGAGACGAUCGAUCACUUAGAAGAUCUGAACGAUCAGUUGGAACGGCAAGUCAGAGAUCUAAAGGUGGAGCUCGAAAAGCGAAAAAGAGAGGUUCCCUUCAAGGUACUUUCUCUGUCCUUCGCUUCGACCGCUUCGGAUGCCGAUGGAAGGCACGAAAUCGAUCGCUACGCUCAUAAAAUGCUUAACUGGCAUCCACUUCGUGGCAGUGACAUCGCGCACAAGAGUGAUAACUUCUACUAA